AUGCCUGACAUGAGUGUGCUAAGCUCUUAUCACCCAGACUCAAUGACGUCAUCGGAGCUAUACGAUGACGUCAUUACCAACCGGACCUCUGUAGACGCGUAUGACAGUCACGUGGGUCCCGUGGAGUCGCUGGUCGAGGCUCUGACCUUGGGCACCAUAAGCCUGGUCUCCGUGGUGGGUAACGCCGCCCUGUGGCUGGUCAUCCUGGACAACAAGGGUCUGAGGAUCGAGUCCAACCUGCUCCUCCUGUGUCUGUCACUCGCUGACCUGCUCGUGUCAACUGUCAGCAUGCCGGUCACGGUGGUCACUAUUACGUCAUCAAGAUGGAUAUUCUCAGAAUUGACCUGCGUUGCUAUGGGAUACCUGAACAUGAUUACCUUCACGGCCUCCGUCCAGUCCCUGGCCGUCAUCAGCUGGAACCGUUACGUGAAGAUUUGCCAGCCACACAGGUACAACCAGGUCUUCACGUACCUGAAAACUGGAUGUGUGUGUCUAGGCGUGUGGUUGGUCUCCGGCCUGCUGUCCUUACCUCCCUUACUAGGCUGGGCCGCUUACAGCUACCUGCCCACCGCCUCUCUGUGCUUCUGCAACUGGGCGCUCUCCUUCACCUACGCCCUGUUCAUGAUCUUCGCCUGCUUCUGCGUCCCCUGUAUCAUCAUGACUUUCUGCAACGUCAACAUCCUCAGGGCCUUUCUCCACAGCCGUCGAGCUAUCCAGGCUCACAAGGAUAAGGACAAAGACCGUGUCUACAAUCACUCAGAGGAUAAAAACACUGAUCAGUACACAAAGGCUACACUACUGUCAGUCAAGCCAAGUCUAGAAGGAUCAGACAUCAAGAGUGAUGCUGAUCUUCAAAAUAACUCGCUGGAAAUUUUUACAAAGAACAAUUCAAACCGGAAGAAUGCAGAAUACGUUGAUCCUCGUAGUGAAAAGGAAGAUAACCCAGUAUUUGACAUUGAGUUAUCGGACAUGGGCAAAAGUAAGUUUCAUACCAGUUUUAAUUUUUUGUUGAAGAGGUUUAGAUAUUUUAAGAGCAAGAAGGUAGAAACAGAUUCAUUGAGAAUAAAAUCACCGAAUUAUCAGUGCAAUAUAGAAUACGAUGAAAAUGUAGUAGGAAAUGGAAUUACUACAGAUAAAACUGAGUUUCCAGUCGACAAUGCUCACUCAUAUAUUGUAGAAGCUACAAAAAACAAAUAUGGUUCUAGAAUGGUUGGUUAUGGUACUAAUAAAAACGAAAUUCUUAGAAAAUUUGACACGAAUAACUCUUGCACAUUGCAUAGUCCACAACAAUUAGAGACGUGCUUGACAUCCUGUCUUGGUGUUGUGGUCUGCGGAGAGUCAGCUCAAAGAAAAAUCGGAACCCACAAAACAAAUAACGAGAAUUCAGUAUUAGAAACUCGAUUCUUCGAAUCGGCAAAAAAUGACAAGUUGUCUUUUGUAAACACCAAUGUCGGUCAUACGAGCCAGCUAAACGCCAAGGAAAGUUUAAACACCCACAUCACUUCCGGUAAACUUUCGUCAUCUGCGGAUAUCAUAAGCUACACUCAAUCUUCUCCCCCACCCCGGAAGCUGGUAAAAAUCCAACCUCAGACGCUGAAGGUUAACAUAGAACGACGCAGAAGAGAAGAGUUUCAAGUUGCCGCGAGUCUCGUCGUCGUCAUCAUCCUCUUCAUCGUCUGCUGGUUCCCGUACUGCAUCUCCAUGUUCGUAUCCGUCUUCACGCCGUCACGGUCAUCACGUGGUCUAGACGUGACGUCAUUGUUCCUGGGCUACUUCAACAGCUGCGUCAACCCGAUCGUGUACGGGCUGAUGAACAAGAAGUUCCAGACUGCGUACAUAAAACUGUUUACUGCCUGUGUUCGGCCUGUGUGUAAAAGGAAUCGACUAGAUCUGGGAAAGAACUAUUUGACCCGCUCUAACCAAACUGUGACUACCAUCAGCACGUCUACCUGCACGUUAGAUACGACAUAA